UGCUCUGUCUCUGAAGUUCCUCAGCCUGAGGAGUGAAGAUGAAGCUUCUUAUUCUGGCAGCCCUUUUCGGCCUGAGCCUUUCGCAAUACAACCCACACACCAAAAGCGGCCGCACUGCCAUCGUUCACCUGUUCGAAUGGCGCUGGCAGGACAUCGCCGCGGAGUGUGAGAGGUACCUCGCUCCCAACGGCUUCGGAGGAGUUCAGAUUUCUCCUCCGAGCGAGAGCAUCGUCGUCACCAACCCUUGGCAUCCUUGGUGGCAGAGAUAUCAACCGAUCAGCUACAACCUCUGCUCCAGAUCAGGAACUGAGGCUGAGCUCAAGGACAUGAUCACCAGAUGCAACAACGUUGGGGUGAACAUUUACGUGGACGCGGUGAUUAAUCACAUGUGUGGAUCCGGAGCUGGAGAAGGUAAACACUCGAGCUGCGGAUCGUAUUUCAACGCCAACACAAAGGAUUUCCCUGGAGUUCCCUACUCUAACUUGGACUUUAACGACGGAAAGUGCUCCACCUCCAGCGGCGAAAUCGAGAAUUAUAACGAUGUUAAUCAGGUGAGAAACUGUCGUCUGGUCGGUCUGCUGGACCUGGCUCUGGAGAAAAGCUACGUCCGUGGUAAAGUGAACGAAUACAUGAACAAGCUGAUCGAUAUGGGCGUGGCCGGGUUCAGAGUGGACGCCUGUAAACACAUGUGGCCUGGAGAUUUAAGUGCUGUUUUCGGAAGUCUCAAAAACCUCAACACCAAGUGGUUCACCGCUGGAUCCAGACCCUUCAUCUUCCAGGAGGUUAUUGAUCUCGGUGGAGAGCCGAUCACAGCGUCACAGUAUUAUGGGCUGGGCAGAGUGACGGAAUUUAAAUACGGCGCUAAACUGGGAACCGUUUUCCGCAAGUGGAACAACGAGAAACUGCGCUAUCUGGUUAACUGGGGAGAAGGUUGGGGUCUUAUGCCAUCUGAUAAAGCUUUGGUGUUUAUUGAUAAUCAUGAUAAUCAGAGAGGCCACGGAGCUGGAGGAGGUUCCAUCCUCACCUUCUGGGAUCCCAGGUUGUAUAAGAUGGCUGUCGGUCUGAUGUUGGCGCAUCCGUACGGCUUCCCCCGAGUGAUGUCCAGCUACCGCUGGGAUCGCAAUUUCGUCAAUGGAAAGGAUCAGAACGAUUGGAUCGGACCUCCGAGUUACAGCGAUGGCAGAACGAAGCCGGUUCCCAUCAACGCGGACAGCACGUGUGGAGACGGCUGGGUGUGUGAGCACAGGUGGAGGCAGAUCAGGAACAUGGUGAUCUUCCGGAACACGGUUAACGGACAGUCGCUGGUCAACUGGUGGGACAACGGAAACAACCAGAUCGCGUUCGGUCGCGGGAAUCGCGGCUUCAUCGUCAUCAACAACGACGACUGGACUCUGGACGCCACGCUGAACACUGGUUUGCCCAGCGGCACGUACUGUGACGUCAUUUCCGGACAAAAGCAAGGAAGCUCUUGCACAGGAAAACAAGUGCAAGUGGGUGGAGACGGGCGCGCUUACUUUAAAAUCAGCAACACUGACGAGGAUCCGUUCGUCGCCAUCCACGUUAAUGCGAAACUGUGAAAUGAUACAUAAUAAAAAAACCAAGUGAGCAUGCA